UUCUCCUUGUGAUAGGGAGCUAUGAGCCAAAUGAGGCUAGAGAUGAAGAUAUGACCUUGUUUGACCAGGUCAUCAUUAACACAAUGAGAGAGCACAAUAUCAAGGGAGGAUCUGUGAUCAUCGGUCGAGAGGGGAAAAUACUGUACAGACAAGGAUAUGGUCAAGAUUCUGCAGGAUUAUCUGCAACUUCGUCUUCCAAGUUUCCCAUUGGUGACAUUUCUAAGGUCAUCACUGCAAUGGCUGUGCUAAAACUUAAGGAACUGGGAUACCUGGAGCUUUCAGAUGAAGUGAUGGGAAAUGAUCAAACCAGUAUACUAAAAUUGGAGCAAAAGAAAAAUAAAGAGAAGUUUGAUAGAAGGAAAAGGAAAGCUCAUGUCAUUUCUAGGUCUGUACAACACUUGUUACAACACACUGCUGGAUGGGAUGCAGCCAAAGAAAACGACAUCAUUGGAACCAGGAAGUUAAAGUUGAACAGGAAGAUAACUAAUCUUGCCAAGUGCUCCAACGCCAAGGAAUUGGUGAUGCGACAAAUGAUGUUCAGACCCCCUGAUUUUCAACCAGGUACAAAACAAGUGUACUGCCACCUGAACUACCUGUUCCUUGGACUGAUGGUAGAGGAGCUGACAGGAAUGUCAUACAUGGACUUUAUCACUGACAUGUUCCACAGUCUGGGAGUGGGUUCCCUGGAAGAUGUGGACUACACUGAAGAUCUUCAGAAGGAAGAUGUCUACCUUGAUGGCCUCCUAAAUAUAAAGUUUUGUGUAUUGAAAAAGCAUGAAGCUCCUGCUAAGUUUCUGCACGGAACGACCAAAGAUAAAAGAAAAGAGGAUGAGCUGUUCCUGUUAGAGACUGCGGCGUACUGUGGACUUGUUGCUUCAGCGGAACAACUUUUCAAGAUUUUCUCUUCAGUAGAACUCUCAUUGUUUCAGAGAUCAGUUCUGUCCAAAGACUCUGUUACUCAGAUGCUGGAGCGACCAGAAUGCUGUCCUGACAAGGAAUGGUAUGGGCUGGGACUAAAGGUAUCAGACAACGGAGAGAGCUGGGGACAUUUUGGGAGAAUACCUGAAGGAACCCACUCCUUAGCUUUCCGAGACCAAUCCGGAAUCACUUGGACUGUGUUAUUCAGCCAAGUGGAAAGUGGAUCUCAGACUUUGGAUAUUGAGUUGGGUACCAUGAUGCGGCAUGCAUUAAGUGUGACCCCUAGAUUUUCUUCGUAUUCUUCCGUGCUCUUUAAGCACGUUUCAUUCCUGGGAAUGGAGGUGUCCUUUUACGGGAUGUACUCCUCACACAUUGACCAAGUGUUUGAAGUCUUUCUACCAUUCUAUUUGAUAGAAAACCAUUAUACGACCAUGAAACAAGAAGGCUAUUUCAUGCACCACAUUGAUCUGGUGAACAUGAGUGAAAAUAUUUAUGCAAACAUUGUGUGGAAUAAAAACAAAGGAAUUCAAGAUUGGUUAAUAAGGAAAAACAGCAUUAAUUCACAAGAAUUGAGAUUUGGAGAAGAAGAGAGAGAUGUGAUGCAAAUAAUUUCAUCAGGGUUCAAAGUUCAUACUGUAGCUACUUGUUCAACGCAAUCGUCAUUCCACAGUGUCAUUGUUUUCAGGAAAAAGACUGAUGUGGACACAAGGUUGAUACAGAGGUUCUUGAUCAUAGUUGUAGAAGAUUGCAGCCCAUGCAACCCAUUAAAUAGAUUAGUGUCCAACAUAAGCAACAUGGUUGUUCUAUUGUCGGUGUGUUAUAUCGGCGAGAUCAAACUUCUGACAGCAGUUACCGAGUGCGAUCUUAAUAAACGCAGAGUACGGACUGAAUUCUACAUUGCCUCCAACUUACAAGCUUUCUCUCGAAAUCUUUUAAAAGCAUCAGAGAUACGCAUUGGCCUACAACAUGUACAGUUCUACAAAAACAAGAGAACGAAAGAAGUCUGUGUGUGUGUUGUCCUAUCAAUGAGUGCUAAGCUUACUAACACAUGUGUGUGGGGAUUAACUCGUUAUGCUUUUAUGCAAUCACUGGCGAAUUUUGUAAAAUCUGAUAGCCUCGCAAUCGAUAAAAUUUGUACUUACGUGGACGAAGGAAAGAUUUACUAUGCAUAUUUUACCACAUGAUUUCAAAUUGAUGUGACAAAAUAUAAAUAUGAUAUGUAUUUCCAUUUUCUUUGUUUUUUUAUCAGAUGUAUAAUAGCAUCUUCCGGAAACUCUAUGAGUUUAUGUCAUAUCUUAAUACAUGUAUCUUUACAUUAUCAUAUUUUUCCUUUUACAUGUAGCUACAUAUAGGAAGAAAGUAUGUAACUAUGUAAUUUGAUCUGGAAACCCAACAAUCAUGAAGUAAGCAUAACUUGGCGAGUCUAAAUUAAUAUGCCUUAAAGUUUAUGUUUUAAAUUGAAAACAAACAAAAUUUAAGGCAUUAAUAAUGUUAAAAUAUAUGUUAAUUAUAUUUAUGUGUGACGAGGUUUUUAUUUGGUCUUGGAACAGUCACAUGGUCAGAAUGGCGUGCCUUGGUGUAGUGAGGGACAUUCGCUCACAAGCAGAAGAUUUUGUAGGGAUCAAGAUUUAUCAUAUAUUUGUGGCCACCAGGACUGAUAGU